AUGCGGCUGAAAUCCGCACGGAAAAGUUUCCGGCGCCAUAAAUCGAAGACGGCGCUCGAUUUUCCCCAACCCAGCGAGGUAACUGAGGCAUCGCUGGAGCUAUGGCGCACGCUGCCACCCAAAAUUCGCCACGAUCCGAGCAUGGUGUCCUUCCAGCAGGUCGAACUGGAGCACGCCCGGAUGCACGGUGAUGGUCAUGAAGAUUCGUUUCCGGAAAUCGAAGGACAAGAGGACGAAGACGGCGAAGAGGACGAUGACGAGGAGGAAGAAGAAGAGGACGAAGAGUACGAGAAUGAGUUCAUCACCAUCAACGUCACCAACGAGGAGGGUCAGAAUAAGGAAAUUGGUCACGUGAAGGAGAAGAAAGAAAUACCGAAACCACACGUGCAUCAUCUAGCAGGGCAUUACAUCGGUAACAUUACGCCUCCGAAGCAUGACGACCUCAACGACACCGGACAGAACCACCUGGACGAGGAUCACCCGUUCCGGAAGUACUCGAAAAUCAUCUGCCUGUUCCUGACGUGGUUGCUGAUCAUGGCGUUUAUGGUGGUGAAGGACGAAAAGCUGGUCGAACCGAAGCAUUUAUCGAUUUCACCCGGUAAAACCAAGGCGUACAUUUUGCCUCAUCUGCCGCAGAGUACACGCAUUAAGGUCACGCUUGAGGGAACGUUCUUGAGUGAGCCGUACAGCAACCUUACCGAGCAUUAUCUCGAGGUCUAUCUUCAGAUGCUGUCGUCUACGCUCGAGGCAAACUCAUCGGAGUUGUUCGCAUCAAGCUCGGCAAAGAAUAUCAGCGAACCGUGGUACAUCCCGAUCGUGCACCCGUACCUGUUCGACAGUGCACCGAUCGUGAAGGAGCAGCGUUUGUUCGACAUCAUUGACAGCAACUACGAACUGCUGCACCAGGCAAAGGGCGGUUUAGUGCGACUGAUGAUUCGAAGUAACAUUCAGGCCAGCAUGCCGGUGGCGAUCCGGUACGAUCAAUCUCCGGUGAAUCGAGACGUCGGUGUCAUUUACGCCGCGUUUGUGCUGAUCUUUCUGUACGUGCUGAUCAUCUGGGAGAUCGUGCAUCGGACGUUCGCGGCGGUGAUCGCUUCGACGCUUGCCAUUUCUAUUCUCGCGGCGUUAAAUGAUCGACCCACGAUGGAGGACAUUAUUGGGUGGAUUGAUGUUGAAACGAUACUGCUGUUGUUCUCGAUGAUGAUUCUCGUCGCUAUCCUUGCCGAGACGGGCAUAUUCGAUUUCCUGUCGGUUUACAUCUAUAAGAUUACAAACGGGAAGAUUUGGAGCCUCAUACAUUGCUUGUGUUUAUGUACGGUCUUAAUUUCAUCGUUUCUGGACAAUGUAACCACCGUACUCUUAAUGGCGCCAAUAACCAUAAGACUCUGUGAGGUGAUGGACAUGAACCCGGUACCUAUUCUGAUGGCAAUCACGGUACACGCCAACAUCGGUGGCACGACCACACCGGUCGGUGAUCCUCCCAACAUCAUCAUUACUUCGAAUCAGUACAUCUUGAAACACGGAGUUACCUUCUUGACCUUUACCGCUCACAUGCUAGUCGGUGUCAUAAUCGUGGUCAUCACGACAAACAUCCACCUGCGCAUCAUCUACAAGAACAUCAACCACCUGCGUAUGCACGAACCAAAGGAGCUGAAAGAGCUCCGGCGCAACAUUAAAGUUUGGGAACGAGCUGCCGGAAAAAUUCCACCAUACUCCAAAGAUGCCAACAUCGUGCGGGAAACGCUCAACAAAAAGGUGAAGCUACUGCGCCACCAGUACAAGAAAAAGAUGACCAAAGGUACCGUGCCGGAGGACAUAUAUCGCUCAACGCUCGAGGAGUUGCAGCGUGAACAUCCGAUCAAGAACCGACCACUACUGAUCAAAUCGGGUGUGGUGUGUGUGUUCAUCGUGUCACUGUUUUUCCUCGAAUCGAUACCGGAACUGCGCCGUCUAUCGUCGGGUUGGGCCGCUUUACUUGGAGUGGUGUUGCUACUGAUCAUUUCCGACAAGAACGACAUGGAUGCGGUCCUAUCGCGAGUGGAAUGGCCAACGUUGCUGUUCUUCGCCGCGAUGUUCACGCUGAUGGAAGCGGUCGAGCGGAUGGGACUAAUCGAUUGGAUCGGACACGCAACCGAAACGAUCAUUCAGUCCGUGUCGGAGGAUCUUCGGCUUGCGGUGGCGAUCAUCAUCAUACUGUGGAUAUCGGCCCUGACGUCUGCCUUCGUUGACAGCAUCCCCGUAACGGCGAUGAUGGUGAAGAUCGUGGUCGCUCUGUCGGAGAAGGCGUACCUGGGCUUGCCUCUUCAGCCGAUGGUGUGGGCGCUGGCUUUUGGUCCGUGUCUCGGUGGCAAUGGGACGCUGGUUGGUGCAUCUGCCAAUGUGAUCUGUGCUGGGAUCGCCGAACAGCACGGUUACCGGUUCAGCUUCAUGGAUUAUUUCAAACUCGGAUUCCCGAUCAUGCUGGUGAGCGUGUUCGUCACUACCGGCUACCUGAUUAUGGCCCACGUCGUCUUUGCCUGGCACUAGGUUCGGAACGGAUCUAGUGGCCAGCCACCCCGUUAGUUUGUAGGAAUGAUCGAGCGCCUGCUGCAACAGCAACCGUUGCAAUCUGGCUCGGUCCCUUGUUGUCCAUUUGUCUAACUGUUGUGUCUUGAACUCACGAAGGAAACGAAGCGUGGCUUACAUUUGCACGUUCUAAACGUACUUUUCACGGUGUAUUUUAGCAACAACAAAAAAAAGAUAAAGCAUCUUUAAAACGAAGCAAAACGAACGUGAUUUAAAAUCGAUCCCUAUGCGCAUAUGGACGCCACUUUUCCGCCAGCGCUAGAAAGGCUGACUGAAUGCGAUGCGCGUGUGCGUGUGUGUUUGUUAAUUUGUAAUAUCAUACCUUUUUUGUUUUGUUGAACAUUGAUAAGAAAUGUGUACACAUUUUAUGAUUCAAAUAAAGACGGAGAACAAGCGUUCAGCGUUAU